AUGACAGGAAUCCCCGUUUUGUUGGAAACUUACCGUAGGGUGCUAGAUCAGUUUGUACAGACUUCAAGUUCUUCGAGAAAAUCGGCGAGAGGAGGACUAUUACAAACUAAAGUUCCAUUUACCAGGACCAAAAUGUCGGAGUCGGAAGUACCCGUGAAGAAAAAAUAUCAAAGUGGUUCGGAAAAACGUAAAAAGCGGCAAGAGCAACAAAUCAAGCUCAAUGAACAAUUAAAGAAGACAAAAAACCUCUUCCAACUUGGGUUUUUUCGUCCAUCAACGGAAAAUAAACCUCAAGCGUCAACAAGUAAUUUCGCCAGCCACACGACGGCGGUGGAACCAGUAGAGAUGUCUUCCGAUAUUUGUGAACAGUCAGAGCAAGAUCCAGGAACAGCUACGUUGGCGGGAGUGGGAGUGGGAGCUGAGGAAGAUCAAACCGAGACCGAGGUCCAAUUACAACACCAAAACGAAACACUUCUAGGUCUAGGAGUAGAAUAUGAGAAUGACAUUGGCUUAUGGCAAAAUAUUUCCGAGGCAGUAAAAGAUUUUUGGUGUAGAAAAGACCUACUUCAGCCCGACAAUACGACGAUGGCAAAAAACGUUUUUUUUCUCAACCUUUGUUUUUUCGGAAACAUAUAAGUGGUGGUAAAAUUAAACGAGAGUGGCUCAUGUAUUCGCCAUCUACUGGGAAAGUAUACUGUUUUCCAUGUGUACUUUUUGGUGAUGCUCAAAAGCAAUCACAAUUUCAAACUGGGUUUUCUGAUUGGAAAAAUGUAUCGCACCGAAUUCAAUCGCAUGAGAAUAAUGCAACACACCGAGUAUGUGUGCAAACACUGAUUAGUAGACGACGUGUACAAGGACGAAUAGAUACCUCUUUAGAAAUUACAGUCAACAAAGAAAGAGAAUAUUGGGUGAAAGUUUUACAAAGAGUGGUCUCAGUGAUUAAAUUUUUAUCAACCCGUGGAUUAGCAUUUCGUGGUGAUAACGAAAUCCUUGGUUCUCAACAUAAUGGCAAUUAUUUGGGAAUUUUAGAGUUAAUUGCAGACGUGGAUUCAACCCCAGACAUAUCGCAUACUGAUCAAUUGACUGUGGUACUGCGAUACGUGGCGUCAAAUGGAGAUGUAUCAGAACGUUUUCUUGGAUUUGUUCCUAUAGAAAGUCACAAAGGGGAAGACCUGGCCAACACAAUUUUAAAUUUCUUAAAUCGACAUGGCGUUGAUAUUAAAAAUCUGAGAGGCCAGUCUUACGACAACGCUUCGAAUAUGUCCGGUUGUUACAAUGGUCUACAGGCGCACCUUAAGAAAAUUAAUCCUCUCGCACACUACGUUCCAUGUGCAGCGCAUUCCUUGAAUUUGGUUGGAGUACGUGCCGCUGAGAGCUGCGUUGGAGCAAUUUCAUUUUUCGGAUUAGUACAGGCACUAUACAACUUUUUUUCUGCGUCAACUCAUCGCUGGGCAAUUAUGCUCAAGCAUCUUGAAAACGAUGAUGAACAUAAGCAAUUCUCGUCAUUGGUUCUGAAAAGAGUAUCAGACACGAGAUGGUGUGCAAGGACCGAUGCGACUAAGGCUUUGUCUCAGAGUUACAACAGUUUCCAGAAAGCUUUACAGUCUAUUGUUGGAGAUGAAACUCAGCCGUCACAAGUGAUUCACGAGGCCAGAUGUCUAUUAAAGGAUUUGGAAAAAAAAGAAAACGUCGUUAUGGCCGUAUUUUGGGCUACCAUACUAGAGCGAAUCAAUGGCGUCAGUUUAUCGCUUCAAAAGUCAUCUAUUGAACUUCGGACAGCAGUUGAUCUUUUAAAAUCUCUUUUAGAUUUCUUACUUGCCCAACGAGAAUUAUUUGACGAUUAUGAGAUGAAAGCAAAUGAAAAAGCUGACUUCCAAUACAGUGAUGAAAGUCAGCGUGUGCGAAAAAGAAAAAGACAUCACGACGACGGAUCAGCAGAAGAAGUAGUUCAUAGAGGUAGAGAUAAAUUAAAAUUUGAAACUUAUUUGCCCGUUAUAGACAUGCUCUGUACAGAAUUGUCGCGACGACUAGAAGCAUAUAGUGAAAUUGAUUCUCUGUUUGGAUUCCUAACGGAUUUCUUGAAAAAGCCCGAUGAGGAUAUUAGAAAGGCAUGCUCUAAGUUUAAGGAAAAUUAUUGCAAUGAUAUCGAACCCGAAUUCAUAGACGAGAUGGUCCACUUCAAAUACUUUGUAUCACAAUUAGAGGAUACCGGAAAUAAAGAAAAAAAUAUACCUGCCGAAAAAUCUUACAAGCUGAUUGAUGGUAACAUGGCACAAUCAGCAUUCCCAAAUGUGAUGACGGCACUGCGAAUUUACAGAAGUCUUAUGAUUACGAACGCAACAGGAGAACGAAAUUUUUCUAAAUUAAAAUUAAUCAAAAAUUGUCUUCGGUCAACAAUGUCGCAAAGUCGUUUAAAUUCAUUGGCAUUAUUGUCUAUUGAACAUGAUGUAUCAGAAAAGGUCAAUUUUCAAGAAGUUUUAAAUGAUUUUGUAUCUAAAAAAAUUAGAAGGGUUAAUAUUUAA